AUGUCGCGGACGUCUUAUGAUAGGUACCUGACGGUCUUCUCGCCUGAGGGACGGUUAUAUCAAGUCGAAUAUGCGUUCAAGGCUAUCUCUGGGAGCGCGCAUACCUCGAUCUCUGUCCGUGGAAAGGAUACCGCGGUGGUGAUUACCCAGAAGAAGAUCCCUGACAAGCUCCUCGAUGCAUCUACUGUUACUCAUUUGUUCAGUAUUACCCCUACGAUUGGGUGUGUUGUUACUGGGCUGAUUGCCGACGCACGAGCCCAAGUCCUACGCGCACGCUCUGAAGCAGCCGAGUUCAGAUACAAGUUUGGAUACGAGAUUACGCCCGACGCCCUUGCUAGGAGGAUUGCGAAUAUCAAUCAGGUCUAUACCCAGCGUGCUGCUAUGAGGCCUUUGGGAAUUGCCAUGAUCCUGAUUGGCAUCGAUCCCGAAUUCGGACCUCAAGUUUUCAAGUUGGACCCUGCGGGGUACUUUGUGGGCUUCCAUGCGACUGCUGCGGGACAGAAGCAACAAGAGGCUAUGAAUCAUUUGGAGAAGAAGUGGAAGAAGUUGGAGGGUGGGAGGGGAGGUGAGGAUGCGGGUGAGGCGGGCAGGAGGUUGCAGAGGGAUCAGGUUAUUGAGAUGGCGAUUGAGGCGAUGUCGGUUGUGCAUGCUACGGAUUAUAAGCCCGGGGAGAUUGAGAUUGGGAUUGUGUCGAGUAGUGAGGAUGAGCCUGAGAAGACUAGAGGGUUGUGGAGGACUAUGGACGAGGCUGAGGUCGAGAGGCAUUUGCUGGCGUAUGCUGAGAAGGAUUAGAACUGUAUCAAUUCUUGUUGUAAUAUACCUCGUGUCUUCGAGUUCCCUU